ACAUACGGCAGAGAUUUUGUAUCAGCACACUACGACUCAUAAUGGAAACAAGUUUAAAAGCAGAGAACGAAGCUCUAAAGAAGCGUAUCUCAGAACUUGAAGCCCAGCUCGCCAAUCGCAUCGGUCAUGCAUCAGUCUCAUCCCGGCAGUCCUAUCCCCCUCCCAAUGUGGGGGAAAAGAGCGAAGUAGGGCUUUCACUGGAAGAAUACAAACGCUAUGGGAGACAAAUGAUACUUCCGGAAAUCGGAAUCGAAGGUAUAAAACUUUUGUCGGUUUUCAGAAGAUUCUGGUCUCGAGGGAUGGAUGACUAAUUAGGUCACUAGGUCAAAUGUCGCUCAAGCGAUCCCGGGUUCUCAUCGUGGGCGCCGGCGGGCUUGGGUGCCCGGCAGCGGCAUAUCUCGCGGGAGCGGGAGUAGGGGCUCUGGGAAUAAUUGACCACGAUACGGUUGAGAAUUCAAAUCUUCAUCGCCAAAUCAUACAUUCUACUUCAAGAGUUGGGUUACCGAAGGUUGUUAGCGCAAUUACAUACCUUCGCGAGUAUGUUUCCCGGAGCGCUUAUGUUUCGUGGUUGAAUGGCAGACAACUAACUUGAGUGCUCCCCCCCAAAAGUUUGAACCCGCAUCCAAACUACAUCCCGCAUAUCGAGCCGCUGACAACCGAGAACGCCCUGCAGAUCAUGGCGGAGUACGACCUCGUCCUAGACUGCACAGAUCAUCCCGCAAUCCGGUAUCUAAUUAAUGAUGUAGCGGUGAUCAUGAACAUUCCCAUAGUCUCCGCAUCAGCACUGAAAACAGACGGCCAGCUGGUCGUCCUUAAUAACCCCCCCGGUGUAGGUCCCUGCUAUAGGUGUAUAUGGCCGCGUCCGCCACCUGCGGAGAGUGUCAUCGGUUGCGGCGAAGGCGGGAUUCUUGGACCUGUAGUAGGAUUAAUGGGUGUCAUGCAGGCCAUCGAAGCCGUCAAGAUCAUUACUAUGAAUCCUGUACGGGAGGUUGGGAGGGCGGAAAUGACGCUGUUCGCCGCGUACGGAGCCUCGCCGUUUCGGUGUUUGAAAAUGAGGGGGAGGAAGGCGGGGUGUGUUGCCUGUGGGAGUCCAGAGAGGGUGGAAGAGAAGAUUACAAGGGAGAGUAUUGAGAGUGGGAGGAUGGAUUAUGUUGCUUUCUGUGGAGGGAGUGCGGGUGUGCGGGUGUUGCAGCCAGAUGAGAGGGUUAGUGUGGCGGAGUACAAGAGGGUGAUGGAUAGUGGGGUGGAGCAUCUGCUAUUGGAUGUUAGAGAUAGGACACAGUUUGGGAUUUGUCAGCUAGCUGGAAGUUUGAGUAAGUUUUUCCACUACGCUCUCUAUACAGGGUUAAUAAGAUUAGAUAUUCCAUACACCGAGUUUGAAGCUUCGAAGUAUGGAGAUUCGGAGGCCGGAGAGAUCGAGUCAAAAUUUCAGGAUCAACCAAAGGACCGGCCAGUAUAUGUCAUUUGUAGACUCGGAAACGACUCACAAAUUGUGACGAGGCAGCUAAAGGAAGCAGGUGUCUUCCCAAAUGAUCGGGUAUUUGAUAUAGAAGGUGGAAUCACAGCAUGGGCGAGGAGUGGAGUAGCAGGUGAAUUCCCAGAGUACUAG